UCUAGCCUUCUACUUCCAAUGGCUUCUUCUUCUACUCUCCUGUUCGUCUACUUCGCUAGCCCUCCUUCCAGUGUUCACCCAGUCAACACUGCUACAAAUGAGGAAAUAUGUUUGAAAAGAAAACUGUGGAGUAGAGUUUCGAGGCGAGCAAAUGAAGCCAGGAUAGCAGGCUGUACUCUUUCUGCGGAGUUCGGGAGAAGGUCAACUGCCAUUCAAUUUACAGGAGGGAAGAUUCUAUCCCACAAUACUGCAAGCAGAGCCAAGCAUAAUGUCGACUUAGGAUGCCGUGACAAUUCAACACUGAUAUACUCAGGACAUGAUUAUCCAAAUUGGAGAUGUAUAAAUGAAUGUUGCACUAGAAUCAAUAUUAUAAUGUAUGGUUAUUGGAUGGGACCUGACAUUGAAGAUGGGUGGGGUUAUACAGAAGCUUUUGUGGAUUUAAGUUUUUGAAUUUUUAAUAAAGUUCUUGAUUGUUUUU